UCCGGGUUCCCCGCAAGUGCCCCUCGCGCGCGGGUUUGCAGGGCCGGGCUUCUUGCGAGGGCUUCCUGCGGCCGCGCCGACACAGCAGCCCCCCCCAUCGAGCAACGCCCAAAGUUCCCCUCCUGCGAGCACGGCCCCCAUGGCGCUUCCCACCCUGCUGUCGUGGGCGGGCAGAGGCGCCUCUGAGAAGCCGGCGCGCCUCUCGGCCUCGCCCGACGUGGGGAUCUCCGAGAGCGCGGAAUCGCGUGCCGCCGACGGCGAGGUGCCACUGCUCAUCCACUUCGACGUGAACAAGACGAUCUUGCAGACCGACAGCAUCCAGCUGAAGGACGCAGAGGACGGCGUUCGCGAGGGCAUCGCCGAGCUGUUCUGGGGCAGCGUCAGGACCGACAGCGACAAGACAGUUUGGGAGUGGACGCGCAGCAAGCCUUCGUGCCUCCCCCCGACGGACGACAUCCGCACGGCUGGGGACUCUCUCGUGAACUACGCGCAGUUCUGCAAGGCGACUAUCAAGGACAAGGCUGCCAGGAAGGAGGCGGUGAAGACGUUCAGCCUCGUCGACGGGUUCGCCAAGCAGGAGAUGAACAAACUGCUGCAGCUCGCCAUGAAGAAGAUGCAGCUGCCCCCGGAGUUCCGUGGCUCCCCGCAGGUGGAGGCCGCUGGGAUCAAGGGUAUGACGUACAACGCGUUUCCCUCCCUGUUCCACCUCGUCGCCAACCUUCAGAGGUCCCGGCGCCACUUUGCCGUCCUCUUCCGCUCCUUCGGCGUGGACCACGAGAAGGUGCAGGCCGAGUGGAACGCCUUCUGCGAGCUGCGGCACCCCAUCUUUUCCCGGCUGAUCGAGGACAUCGGCCCCAUGGACGGCUCGGUCUCCGGGGUGCCCGACCGCCGCGUCCACACCCUGCACACGCUGUACCGCGACGCCACGGGGCCCGUGCUCGUGCUGGACACCCUGACGAACGGGCCGGCGGACGCCUCUUGGGACGCGUGGGCCCGGCAGAGCCCACCAGCCAAGGCGGACACGCGCAACGGGCGGGAGUACAUCCAGAAGGUGCUGAAGGCCAGGACCGCCGACGGCACCUCCGGCCUGCAGAAGUGGAUGGCCAAGCAGCUGCACCAUCAGAGGACGACCGCGAUUAAGGACGACUGGGCGUGGUGGACGUUCAACAAAGAGCAGGCGCGCGCGGGCAAGCUCGUGACCCUCAUCGGCGGCCGCAGGCCCACACGACAGCUGUUCUUGGACGACAACAUCGAGCACAACGACGCCCGCAUCGUAGACGUGCGCGACGCCAAGGGGCAUCCGAUGGCGCACAGGGAGACCCUGGGAAAGAUUUGCAUCAAGGUGAACCCUGUCGAAGCCAUCCUCGACAACGAUUAUUUUCUCUGGAAGCUGAUCCGCGCCCAGGGAGAAGGGCUCAACAUGGGCUCGUCGGCGCUGAUGGGGCUGCAGAAGAAGAAACUCGUAGAGGUUGAAUCCCAGAACGAUGCUCUCCAGGAUCAGCUGACUGUGUCCAAUGGGCAGGUGAAGCUUCUGGUGGAGGAGAUGCGCCGGAUGCGGCUGCAGCGACGCAUCGACGUCCGCAGCGAGGGCGAGCUGCAGACGCUGCUCGGCAAGCACAGCGCCGACGCCUCCGCGUUCGGGCAGGGCGGCUACCGUAGUGUCUCUGACUUGUUCUCGGAGCUGGAGGCGGGGCGCUGCUGGCUCGAGGUCGACGAGCACGGGCAACUUGUCCGAGUGCUCGACAUGGUAUUUUUCAAGCUGUGCUUCAAGGACAUGCUGCUGAUCGAGACGCACGAGGAGGACUCUUCGGGCCGCAUGUCGACGAGGAACUUCCUUCCAGGGCUCGUCACCACGGUCAGCGGGGUCUCCGUGCAGCAGCAGAUCGAGCGGUGGUUGGAAGGCGGCCUGCAGGUGAAUCUGCAGAAGUGCGUGGACGGCGACCUUCUGCCAAUGUACAUCCCUGACGCGCCCAACCAGCAGACGGGCUCUACCAAGGCCUAUCCGCUACGCUGCAAGGUCCAGCAGAGCCGCGUCACUCUGUCCAUCCCCGAGAAGGAGGUUGAGAUCAACAAGGACUCCAUCCGCCAGAUUGGGCUCCCCAGCGGCCAGCGGUUUCGGACGGUGGAGACGGACCUGCACGGCUGCACCACCGCUCGUUUCUGGCGUUGGGACAAGCUUGCGGUGUGGGAGGCGAGCUCUGGGAUGGUUGCAGGCGUCGCGGAGGGCGCUCCGAAGAUGGACGUGGCCGAGCUCUGUGACAAGCUCUUCCAGGGCAGCGAGCGCAAGGACGCCUACAAGCGCUUGCUCCUGGAGAUGUUCGAGACGUUUGAGUCCUUCGACGCGCAGAUGCUAACCGGCGGCUUCGGCGGCUCGGCCCUGGGGUCACCGAAGAUGCCGGGGGGGGUCCCCAUGGGGGUCCACGGUCAGCGUGCCUGCGCGUAUCUUCCCACGCGCCCGCUGCCUUUCUUUACUUGGCCACCCGGGGGCCUGCUGCGUUUUCACGUUUCCGCUCUGCCCGGACAGCUCUUGAGGAUCUAUGUGCAGUGAGGGGGCUGAGGGGAAACGCCACCCGAACAAGCCGUGCACACCUGAUACUUGCUACUAUGCGAGCGUGCCUUGGAAAGGAUGCCAGGAUAUACUACAGCCAAUCGCCAGCUAAUAUCCAACUUACCCGUGCACGCAUCGGAAGCACGUGAUAUUCUGCUUCACAUCGUAG